AUGACGCUCUCUGGCGAGCGGAUCCAGCCUACACACAGCCCUGUGCAUUUUCAGGCCGGGUAGGACCCCAGCAACAACACUGCUAUCGGUUCAACCUAUGAAGAUUGGGCUUUACAAUCGCCAUCCAUCCUUUGAUUAGACAGCAUUUUGUGGAAAUAUAUCCCUGCCACUGAUCAGAAGACACACCAAGCCGUUGAAUCGAAUCUGAAGGCACUGGGAAGAGGCGCAAAGAAAAAUUUCCAUACUCGAUGACAUUACAUCGCAAUGUCCGAUCGUUUGGGGCAAAUAACCAAGUCCAAGGAUGGGAAAAGCAAGUAUUCCUCACUCAGCCUAUUUGACAAGUACAAGGGAAAAUCAAUAGAAAAUCAGAAAAACGCAGUAGUCCCGCGACAUGGCUUACAGAGUCUUGGAAAAGUGGCCACAGCCCGGCGCAUGCCCCCACCUGCUCACCUGCCGAGCUUGAAGUCUGAAAACAAAGGAAACGAUCCCAACGUGAUUAUUGUGCCUAAAGACGGUACAGGAUGGGCGAACAAGCAGGAACAACCCGAGCAAAAGAGUUCUAUUGCAUCAAUACCACAGCUGCCGCAGUUGCAGCCGCAGCUGGCUUUACAGAAAUCUGUCUCCAAUCUUCAGAAGCCCUUACCGGUAGCCAACCAGGAGAACACAAACACAGGUGGACCAAAGCAAUGGGCCCAGCUAAAUGGAAAGGCAGUAGAGCAAGAUGGUUCAAGGGUCUCAAACCGACUUCAGCCCUUCUCUCACGAGGAAUUUCCCACGCUGAAGGCAGCUGGAGAACAGGACAGGGCUGGCAAGGAAAGAAGCGGCUUCGAUCCGUCGUAUGGGCCCGGACCAAGCCUCCGCCCCCAGAAUGUGACGAGCUGGAGGGAAGGUGGUGGCAGGAACCUUCAGCCCUCGUCCCUGACCCUCGGCCUGCCAGCAGAUCCUGAGGGUAAGAUCACUGCCCUGGGUGAGACCGGCACCCCUCCGGUCCCAUCUCACCCGCCCUCUGCCACCGGCACAACCCCCUCCAGCGUAGUGACGGCUCAGUCUCCGGUCCUCGACCCUAAGGAGCCCUCCCUGCGACCCGCCCAGCCUGUCCGCAGAACAACCGUCCCCACUGCCUUGCAGUACCAGCUUCACCACACCUCCACUGCUGUCUAUCAUGACAUGUUGCCUGCAUUUAUGUGCUCCAAAGACACACGUGAAGCCCCGGGCACAGACAACGUUCCCACCACUGUUGCAGCCCCCGCCCGAUUUGACAGCAAACCCCCCAUGAGACAGAACUACGCCAAACCGGAACUCGUCAAUGGUGAUGUGAAGAGAGAGAACCGCUUUGUCCGCCCUCCACCUCGACUGUCUUCUCAGCCCAUCCGCAGGCCUGGCGACAGACCGCAGCGCCCAGCCAUCAUCAAUCCAGAGGACCUGAAGGAUCUGGAUGAGCUCGACAAUGAGUGCGAGGACGGAUGGGCCGGACUCCACGAAGAAGUUGAUUACAGUGAGAAGCUCAAGUUCAGUGAUGACGAAGAUCAAGACUUGAGUGAUAAAAACAAGAUGUGGACCGAAUGGGAGAGGGAAAGGGAGAGAGAGAACUGCCAAUCCUCCCUCAGUUCAGGUGAGGCAUCUUACCCCCAGGAGGGCCUCGAGGAGGGUUAUUCUUACCCACAUCACCACCACGAGCCUUCCAGGAAGACCAACAGCAGAUAUCCCCCCACGGAUGCCCAGCCCCAGCAGAAAACUCAAAGAGAGUCACCAGCUGACCCAGAAGAUCACCAGCGCCAGGCUCAGGCUCAGGCUCAGGCUCAGGCUCAGGGUCCAGCAAGGGCGAAGUACAUGUCACCCGAGCUGUCCGAGGCCGUCGAGAGAGCCCGCAGGCGCCGGGAGGAGGAGGAAAGGCGUGCCCGAGAGGAACGUCUGGCCGCCUGUGCUGAGAAACUCAAAAGGCUGGAUGAGAAAUUUGGGAAAACUGAAAGGCAGUUGUCGAGGCCAGAGGAGGGGCAGAAGGAAGGAGAGGGCAAAGAGGCUCCACUCUCCCCGCAGAGUAAAGGCAACCAUGAGACCUGGCAAUACAGCACAAAGGAUGGAAGCGAUGUUCCUCCAGAUCACUCCUCCAGCCACAGUUACCGUGAGGAACCAGGCUUCUCUAACUACCGUGGCAGCGAAGAUGAAAGCCAGGAGCCCUCCUCCCCGUCAGAAGAGUACAGUGGACCUCACCCGUCCAAACCCAUACCGCCCCGCUUCCAAAAGCAGCCGCAGCAGCAGCAGCAGCAGCAGCACCACCAGCAGCAGCAGCAGCAGCAGCAGCAGCAGCAACAACAGCAGCAACAACAACAGCAACAACAGCAACAACAACAACAACAGCAGCAACAGCAGCAGCAGCAGCAGCAGCAGGAACAAGCAUACAAAAUGCAGCACUGGCAGCAGCAGUCGGGCCACCCUCCCUCAUCUGGCUCAAGCCACAGCCAGAGGGGCUACUAUCCACCACACGUCCUUGGGUUUGAUCCCCGCUGGAUGAUGAUGCCACCAUUCAUGGAUCCUCGCAUGACCCAGGGAAGAUCUCCUGUGGACUACUACCCUGGUGCUGUCCACUCUUCAGCAGGAAUGAUGAAACCCAUGAUGCAUCAAGACCACUUGAACAGUCCUGGUUCAGAUGAGGGAUGUCAUCCCAACGUGCACCAGGAGAGACGAACCCCUUCCACUGAGCCUUACCCUAUGUGGAACCAAGAUGGCUACCCAUUACGUAGCUUCACUCCCCCUUACCAGAGACAGCAUGAGAGCUCAGAUAGUGGCCAGCUGGAUGACAGAAGUGAUCUGGCCGGCUCUCAACAGGACUCCUACGAAGACCGGGGCAACGAGUGCUUGACUCAAGACGAUCUCCCCCACCAUGGUUACCAGAGUCGAGGCUCUGAAAGAGAGCACAGACACCCUGACCAAGGCUUACUCACCACUGCUCAAAACCUCUCCCAGAAUCACGCAGAUGGUGAUUACCCAAAACAAGACUCUAGAGACAAGCACCUGAAAGAUGGCCCCGAAUCCCACGAUGAGAUCUUGGAAGGCUCAAAAGACAACUGGAAAAGAGACGGGGGACAGAAACAAGAUGAAAGACUCAGCAGUGCUCAAGGCCAGUGGUCCGAAGCAAGUUCCAGUUCCAGUAGUAGUGUCAGCCAGCCGUCUGAGACCAGCGGACGCACAUUGAUUCGCAGAACUGGACCCAUCAAGAAACCAGUUCUCAAAGCUCUUAAAGUGGAAGACAAAGAGAAUGAGAAGCCUAAACCUGAGCCUGAGGAGAAGACUGUCCCGUACCGCCUGGAAAAAGAAAUCCUUACUAAUGUUUACGACCUAAAGAAAGAUAACCAGCCAGCGAGCAACAGACGCUCGGCCUCACCCGUUGUUGAGAAACAGCCGGAAGAAAGGCAGCGUCAGUCACCAGCUCCUACCAAGACAGAGAGGCCCCUGAGCACCCACAGCGACGACUCCCCCAAAGAGAGCACCUGGGAAUGCAACAAGAGCCAGUCACCCAGAGAGAGUCAGGAGAGCCGGGAGGCCCACGCACCACGGCGCAAUAACUGGAUCUUCAUAGAUGAAGAGCAGGCCUUUGGUUCAGUCAGGGGAACAGGCAGAGGCCGAAGCCGAGGCUUCAGGGAGUUCAACUCUAGAGGUGGAACCCGCGGUGGCCGAGGUGGAGACAAUCUCAGAGGAGCUUAUAACAACAACAACAACAGGAGUGAAGCUCAGCGCGCAGGCAGAGGCCGAGCAACCCCCAGGGACCUCGUCAAGGCGGAAGAGUUCCAGAGGGGCAAGCCAAGAAGGAGAAAUGUCAGCGAGACUUUGAGUGAAGCCUCUGAGUAUGAAGAACUGCCCAAGAGGCGACGCCAGAAGGGAUCUGAGAAUGGAGAAGGUUACACAGAUUCUGGAGAAGCCCGUAAAGCUGACAGAGAAUCUUGGAGGUCCAACAAGGUGUACACAGACGACCAGGCGGCCCAAGAUCCCCGAGAUAAGACAAAGUCCAGCAGGAGCUUUGGAGGCCGCAUGCUACCUCCCAGACUGAACACUACUGGAGGUUACAACCGAGGCUUUGGAGGAUCCAGAGAGAUGUCUAGCUGGAGGGGCCGUGGACCCCAGUUUAGUGGCAGUGGUGGCUCCAUGCAAGAAAACGGUUACGGCCCUGGAGCCGAGACUACAUACUCCCGCAGACCCCCUGUUGAGCGCGAGGCUCUAAAGUAUGCCCCCAAAUUCACCGGCUCAUUCAUGGAAAACGGCACAGAGGAGAGGGAAGGAGAAUACUACUUUGACAACGACAACCCCGACAGGCAGAUGUUAAGAAGACGGCGUCCACCCCGUCAAGACAAACCUCCACGAUUCCGCCGACUACGCCAAGAGCGCGAGCCCGGCUCAAACCAGUGGACAAGCGAAGAGUACGUUAAUGGAGACUUCGCAAACCCUUGGCCAACUCGCCCCAAAGGCAGCGGUGAGGAAAGCUGGCCCAGCGGCCACUACACUGGCGGACGACCCAACCAACAUGGUCAGGCGGAGGAAUGGGAGACGGGAUCUGAGAACAGUGACUUUGGUGACUGGAGAGAGAAGCGAGGAGGAAGUGGAGGCCCCGCACCGCAGGGUCACGGUGAUAUUCCCUCUGACUCCGGUCACAGUGAGCCAGGCUCUGGUGAGAAGAGGGAGCUUUGUAAGAGAAGCUUCUCCAGCCAGAGGCCACUGGUGGAGCGGCAGAACAGGAAAGGAGAGCCUUCAAUGUUGGAGACGGGCAAGAUGGUGCGCACACCUGAGCCACCAAACUCCUCCAACAGGAGCGACAGCUGGCAGAACGGAGGGAGUUGUACAAGCAGAGGUCCUGAUGAGUCAGGCCAAGUCUACAGCAUAGAACAGCCGGAUGAGAGGGAAUCCAGUGAGCCCUCUGGGAAGAAACUAGACAAAGAGCUGAAGCAAGGACCUGUCAAGACCGACAUGGUUGAACCUCUGUCCCAGUAUGAGAUCAGCAGCUACCCACUCGAGGGAGACAUUGGGGGACCAGUUUCGACUCCAGAUGGAUUCCAGGAUGCCCUGUCCAAAAAGCAAAGGCGCCCGCAGGAAGAUGAGAGAAGGAGGAAGGAACAAGUAGCCGCAGUGCCGGUGAAGAACAGGACUAUCACAUCCAAGAUACCACCACGCUUUGCCAAAAAGCAAGGCAGCAUGAGCCUGGAGCAACCUGAGGAGGCGCUUACCUCCAACAACCUGGGAACAGAAAUCUGGGAGACAAACAGCUCAGCUCUUUCAGUUCAGUCUUCAGGAGGAGAUUCAUGGACUAAACAGGUCUCCUACACUGGAAGUGAACCAAACUCUGAGGACUCUGAUGCCGGCCCCGAGCACACUAAAGAGCAGCACAAGCCGGGACCCAUCGGAAAUGAGCGCUCCCUAAAGCACCGUAAAGGCUCCGAAGGCGUCGAUCGUCUGGAAGGUGGGCCCAUCACACCGGUCAAUGGUGUGGACCUCCACGGGGACUCUGUGCUGCCUGUGCCGCCCAUCGAAUUUGGAGUCAGUGCCAAAGACUCUGAUUUCAGCCUGCCACCCGGCUCCACCCCGGUGCCCGUGUCCAAUCCUGUCAACAAGCUUCAGGAUGCACUAACCACCAAUACCGCCCUCAAUCAGAGCAUCCCCAUGCUGCGAUCCAAUCACCUGCAGCCAGGCAUAAACCUCAACCCUAUCUCUUUCCCCAGUGCUGAUCUCACACUCAAGAUGGAAUCAGCCCGUAAAGCUUGGGAGAACUCUCAGUCCCUCCCUGAGCAGGGCUCUCCUGGCGGUGGAGCCUCUGGGGUUCAGCCUCCCUGCAGUGUCGGCUCAUCCAGUGGCGUCAGCUACAGUUCAUUUGGAGGAGUUUCCAUGCCUCAGAUGCCCGUUGCUUCUGUUGCACCUUCCAUGUCCAUGCAAGGUAGUCAUAUUCCUCCGUUGUAUCUGGAUGGUCAUGUCUUUCCUAGCCAGCCACGCCUCGUUCCUCCCACCAUGACUCAGCAGCAGACUUACCAACAGGCGGCUGCAGCCCAGCAGAUCCCCAUCUCCUUACACACAUCUCUUCAGGCUCAGGCUCAGCUGGGGCUCCGUGGAGGUCUACCUGUCUCUCAGUCACAAGAGAUGUUCAGCUCUAUUCCCCCCUUCAGGUCCCAGGUCUACAUGCACCCCAACCUAUCUCAGCCCAGCCCCAUGGUGCUGUCUGGUGGAGCCCCUCUGAAGGGGCCGUACUCUGCUUUCCCUGGCAUGCAGCCCUCAGACAUGGUCAAGCAACAGUCCGGCUCACACUACCAGCCCAUGAACGGCAGCCAGCAGCUUGUCUACGACAGCCAAAUGAACCAGGGGCCCGGGAUGAGUUCCUCCCAGCUGAUGGACUCGCAGCUCAUUCAGGUGACCAUGCCGCUGCCCGGCUCUCAGCUGCGCUACGGCUCAGCUCAGCAACACCUCAUCCUCCCGCAGUCCAUCCAGCUGCAGCAGGGCCAGAACCUGUCUGUAGGAGCUCCCCGCAGGAUGCUGCCGCCUGGCUCCCAGGCUGCUGUCAUGACCGGCAGCCGAGAGCUUUCAUUGCCGAUCUCCAUUUUCUCCCCCUUCUCUCAGGGCUCACAGAUGGAAAUGAAAGGGUUCCAGUUCUCUGACAAGCCCAGUCAUUCCCAAGGCAUGCCUGUGGGGUCCUAUAGGCCUGGGUCUGCCAGUCCAAGUGGGAAGCCCUCUGGCCCUGGGGGGCCUGUAGGUCCUCUGCCGACACAUUUUGCUCAGCAGGUCCCUACCGCUCAGGGCAGCAUGGUGAUGCACAUGCGCCCCCCCACCACUGGCCCUUUCCCCAACCCCAUCCAGAGACCCGUCAUGCAGGUUAACAAACCUGUUAUCAUCCGCUCCCCCCCUUACCCCAACCCCGGCCGCGACCCUUCCCACUCCACCCCUCCCUCUGCCCCUGAGCCCCCUGUUAAGGGGCCAGAGGAUGGCAUGAAGAACAAAACCCUGCGAGACGUACGCAAGGCAGUGGAUGAGAUCAAGACACCACCCGGGGGCAUGACCAGCAAACUCCAGGAGCCCCUGCCCUCCACAGGGCAAGCCAAACCAGCACGCACUGGAGCCAUCAAACCCCAGGCUGUCAAAGUAGAGGAAGGCAAGGCAUAACAAUGGACCUUAAGAAUCCUCAUCACCACCCAGCCUGCCGACACAGAGCCCCCUGACCCACGUCUGAGUCUGUUUAGACGCAGCGUAUACCAAGGCAUCAGGACAGGGGGGGACAACAAGCAGACAUCAUAAUGAGUUACUCCUCUUGAACUGUCAGAACUGGACACUAUUAUUUCACACCACGUAUAGAGAUAUAUAAAUAUAUAUAAAUAUAUACAUAGACACAGUCUUUUAAGCAGGUCUCUUCAAGGUCCUCUUUAAUUUAUUAUUAGUCACUUUGAAGGGGAGAUUGGUAAGGAGGAAAACAUUAUUUCUGUUCUUUGUGUUUCUCUUCGAGGUGGGGAAAGGAAAGUGGCCAACUCAGACAGAUGGUUCAUUUUCACACCAUUUUGCCAAACUGUAUUUACUCCCUGUUUAUGGACUGUAGCCCUUAAGACCAGGCAGACACCUGAUACAACGGACUAUGAGAAGAAAAGUCUGUUCCACAUUUUUAAACAAAUUUGAAAUGCAGCAGGGCACUUUUUUGUCAUUUUUCAUUGGCAUUUUUACUGAUAAAUAAAAUAUCAAAGUCAUCACCCCUUCUCCUCUUGGUAAAGGACUUCUUUUAUUAACCCCUGAAAAAAAAAUCCCCUUAUUUGUGGACAUCUUUGCAUGUCAACACGGUGAAAACACCCUUUGAAUGCUCCCCAGCCCAUGAACUGUGGCUCCGAUUGGUAGACAUGAUCUCCUUUCUUAAACUCUGUUCUUUGCUUUUACAUUCUGUCGCUCUCUCUUCUGUAUGUAAAUUGAAACAUAAAAAGUGGACAUUUUUACCUAAAUCACGUUGCUUCCACGAAAAAAACUCCACCGGCAUUGAUACAGCGUGUGUGCAUGUGACCUGCUGAACGCGUGUAAACUGGCAGCAACAUUUCACAAAGACUGCACCUGAACUCAGCCUUCAUUGUGCUGCCAUCGACUGCCUGGAUUAUGAGAAAAACCAAGCUGGCAACUUUUUCUUUGGAGCUCAUUGUGAAGUUAAAUAUACAGGGGAGAGACUUGGUUCACAGUUGCUGUAAAAGACUCCGCCCCCUACAAAUAGCUGAUUGAAAUGUUUGCUUUCUUAUCGCUUUAUUUGGGUUGUAAUUAAUCAAUUUGUCUGUUGAUGAACAUGUGAUGUAAGUAAUGAUUUCGACGCCCCUCAGUCUGGGGUGUUAUGCUUUUUUCUUUCUAAGGCUCUUAAAAGACUUUUCUCUCUACUCCGUUAAAGUCCCCACUAACAGCACUGUGGGGAUUCCUGAAGAAACAGACUCAUCACCAUUUGAUUAUUCCGGUCUCUGAGGUGGCACUAGCAAUAAAUGCAGCCUAACUAUAAUCACAAUCAGGGUCCAAAUAACCUUUCUGUUACUACGAUCACAACCGAGGGGCGUUUCUCGUUGCUUGCUGCAUUAAAACCGAUCUUUGCUUGAGCUUUUUUUUUCUGUGAGCACUGCAGUUCCAGUGGAAUCUGAAGGACUUUUUAAAGUGUUUGUUCUAUUUGAAAAUGUGAAGCUGUUGGAAUUCUCAUUUACUUUGGUUUAUUAUUUUUCUUUUUGUAAUGGACACUCGUUUUGAAGCUCACAAUGCCAAUGUCAUAACUGGUUAAAUGUUACUGCUUACCAUACAGCUCCAUGACACUACAAAAUGUUGCGAUUUCUCUUUAUGACAGUGUUUCACUGGUAUAUAUGUAUAUGCAUACUUAACUGUACAGUCGAGCCUUGUCAGCGAGGGGAGGCUUUAAACCCACAUUUCAUUUUAGAUAUUGUGGCACUAUAAAGGAUUUAAUGUUGAAAAGGUCACUGUGUUCUCAGAAUGGACUGCUUUCACUUGUUGAUAGGUUUUAUCGGGCUUGGAGUGUUUUUUUUUUCUGCAUCUUAUCCCUUACUGCAAAAGAUCUUGAAGCUUCUCAUCAUUGUACUUGCACCAAAAUAUUGCCCUGACUUUUUUUUUUGUACUUUUAAGAUGCAUAUUUCAUUUUUUGUCAGAGGACCAGUGCUUUCUAAAGCUGAUCCAGCAUUCUAUUUAUCCUACCUGAUCUUUAUCCUUUCAGAUAUUUGGUCAUUACUCUCCCUUGUUAAAAAAAAAAAAAAGAGCUUAUUGAAAGAAAAAGAAAUAAAGCAGUUGUGAUUUCUUAAAUGUACUUUUGAUUCUGUAUUCUCACUUUGUCAUAUUAAAAUCAUGCAUCAACUAAUUUAUGGGGGACAUUUUUGGGGCAGUGUUGAGCACAAUAUCUUGAAAUACACUCACCGUUCACAUUUA